AGACUGAGAGGAGAAAUGGAGCAGAAUCAGCUGGACAGAGAAACCUUCUCCUGUUCGAUCUGUCUGGAUCUACUGAAGGAUCCAGUGACUAUUCCCUGUGGACACAGUUACUGUAUGAACUGUAUUAAAACACACUGGGAUGAAGAGGAUCAGAAAGGAAUCCACAGCUGUCCUCAGUGCAGGGAGAGCUUUACACCAAGGCCCGUUCUGAAGAAAAGCUCCAUGUUAGCAGCUUUAGUGGAGCAGCUGAAGAAGACUGGACUCCAAGCUGCUCCUGCUGAUCACUGCUAUGCUGGACCUGAAGAUGUGGCCUGUGAUUUCUGCACUGGAAGAAAACUGAAAGCCAUCAAGUCCUGUUUAUUCUGUCUGGCCUCUUACUGUGAGAAACAUCUUCAGCCUCAUUAUAAAUCAGCUACAUUACAGAAACACAAGCUGGUGGAGCCCUCCAAGAACCUCCAGGAGAACAUCUGCUCUCGUCAUGAUGAGGUAAUGAAGAUGUUCUGUCGUACUGAUCAGAAGUGUAUCUGUUAUCUCUGCUCUGUGGAUGAACAUAAAGGUCACGACACAGUCUCAGCUGCAGCAGAAAGGACUGAGAGGCAGAGAGAGCUGGAGGUGAGACGAGAAGAAAUCCAGCAGAGAAUCCAGGACAGAGAGAAAGAUGUGAAGCUGCUUCAACAGGAGGUGGAGGCCAUCAAUCACUCUGCUGAUAAAACAGUGGAGGACAGUGAGAAGAUCUUCACUGAGCUGAUCCGUCUCAUCCAGAAAAGAAGCUCUGAUGUGAAGCAGCAGAUCAGAUCCCAGCAGGAAACUGAAGUGAGUCCAGUCAAAGAGCUUCAGGAGAAGCUGGAGCAGGAGAUCACUGAGCUGAAGAGGAAAGACGCUGAGCUGAAGCAGCUCUCAAACACAGAAGAUCACAACCAGUUUCUCCACAACUACCCCUCACUGUCAGCACUCAGUGAGUCUACACACUCAUCCAGCAUCAAUAUCCGUCCUCUGAGAUACUUUGAGGAUGUGACAGCAGCUGUGUCAGAGCUCAGAGAUAAACUACAGGACAUCCUGAGAGACACAUGGACAAACAUCUCACUGACCCUCACUGAGGUGGAGGUUUUACAGUCAGAACCAGAACCAAAGAGCAGAGCUGGAUUCUUAAAAUAUUCAUGUGAAAUCACACUGGAUCCAAACACAACAAACACAUGGCUGUUACUAUCAGAGGAGAACAGGAAGGUGACAUGGAUGGGUCGACCUCAGUCUUAUUCUAGUCAUCCAGACAGAUUCACUAAUUAUCCUCAGGUUCUGAGUAGAGAGAGUCUGACUGGACGUUGUUACUGGGAGGUGGAGAGGAGAGGGUCAUUAGUUUAUGUAGCAGUCGCAUACAAGAACAUCAGCAGAGCAGGAAAAGGGAUUGAAUGUGUGUUUGGACAUAAUGACAAAUCUUGGGCCUUAGUUUUUGAAAAAAAUGGUAAUUCAUUUUGGUACAACAAUACCAAAACCUGUAUCUCAGGUCCUGGUUCCUCCAGAGUAGGAGUGUACCUGGAUCACAGAGCAGGUCUUCUGUCCUUCUACAGCGUCUCUGAAACCAUGACUCUCCUCCACAGAGUCCAGACCACAUUCACUCAGCCGCUACAUGCUGGACUUUGCAUUGGUUUUAAUACUGGAGACUCAGCUGAAUUAUGUAAACUUUAAUAAAUCAAAAUCAGUUAUUGUUCCAUUUGUUGUUUUUGGGUUGUUUUUUUUUUUUGGCAAACGAUUUUCGUAUCAUUAUUUCAUGUCUAUUUCAAGCCUAUAUCAACAGCGCUUUCUGUUUUGUAUAGUUUAAUUUAAUGUCUCAAUAUUCUUCGCUGAAACUGCAGAUGAUAAAAAGAACAAAAGAAUAACAAGAAUAAUCAAAUGAUUCCCAGGUUGAAGAAGUGAAACCAGUUCUUUGAUCACCUUCUUGUUUGAACACAUUUUGUUGAGUCCUGACUCACAGGAGACAACAGAUAUUGUCUCAUUGUGGACUUGAGCUGAUUUCAUGUCUUGUUGAUUUUUAGGAGGAGAAACUUCACAAUAAAGCUGUCAUGUUUCUUCACUGUUUAACUCUGUUGGUGAUGGCAUACUGCCCCCUACAGGAAGGUUGUGUUGUUACAUGACAUGGAGUCCAGGAAGUGUUUAUUAUUGCUUCAUUAUUAUUAGUUAUAUAGAAUAAAUCUGUUUUAAAUCACUGUAAAUAAAGUUAUUGUUUGAUUA